GUUGGAGCUGCGCAAUGAACAGAAGCCUUCGGACUUUCAGCUCCAGCCGUGCCUGACCCUCGCUCCUGUUCUGCACCAUUGGACUUUGGACCGGAGCCAAUGCUCCCCACCCUGAGAAUAUUAUCCACCCUCUCUCUCGCUCUCUCGCUCUCACGCACACGCACACGCACACUGUCUAUCUGCUUCUCAUUCCUGUUCCACUUCAUUCCUGCGGUUGGACGAGUGUGGUUCGUGUGCAAAGAACUUUCUGGAAUUCUCGGCUCUGUUCCCUUCAGCCUCAGCAAACAUGCCACCUUACACCAUCACCUACUUUCCAGUGCGAGGCCGCUGCUCAGCGAUGAGAAUGUUGCUGGCAGACCAGGGCCAGGCCUGGAAGGAGGAAGUCAUCGGAAUGGACGAAUGGAGCAAAAUAUCCUUAAAGAAAUCCUGUGUCUUUGGCCAACUGCCUAAAUUCCAAGAUGGCAGCUUUGAGCUUUUCCAAUCGAACGCCAUUCUCCGCCACCUGGCCCGGCAACAUGGCCUGUAUGGGAAGGACUCAACUGAGGCCGCUCUGAUCGACAUGGCGAAUGAUGGAGUUGAGGACUUGCGCAUUAAAUACGCAAUACUCAUCUACAAAGAAUACGUGAGUUACUCUCGGCCACGGAAAUUUCUCCAGGUGACCUCUGGCCUUAGCGCAACUCGCUUCAGGUCAGCCUUCAUACAACCAGUUCCGGCAAAGAUGCGUUACACCGUGCCUACUGAGUGUGUAUCAUCAUGCAUCUCUUACGCUGACUACAACCUGGUCGAUAUGCUGUCUAACCUCGAGGUGCUCUCUCCUGGUUGCCUGAAUGUCACUCCCGUACUCAAGGCCUACCAUGACCGGGUCCUCUCCAGGCCAAAACUCAAGGCUUACCUGGAGUCCGAUGCCCACAAGAAGCUUCCCAUCAAUGGGAACGGGAAGCAGUAAGCGUGGGGGUGGAGAGCGACGUAGCCUCUCGGAGUUAGGUCCCAUUUAGGUCUAGUUCGGCCUAGCUGCCUCCCAUCCACUUCACACUUUUAACAUCGCAAAGUUAUCAUCGCUCUGAUUUUCCUGGGAAUUCACUGGCACGGGAAUAAAUUACUGCAAACCUUUCUCCUCUUA